AUGUCGUACAGGAUUAGCACGGGGAGAGGCGGGGCAGGGAACAUAUGCAGUAGUAGUGAGAAAGUGUCGCCCAAGAUCAUCGCGCAGGGGUCUCAGACGCCAAGUAUCUUGCAGCCCGUGUAUUCCACAGGGCGUGGUGGCGCGGGGAACAUGAGGAGGAAUGUGGAUCCGAAAGUGACGAGGCGAGCUCAGGAUGUGGAUGUGUCCUCGGAUGGCGGUGCCGGUGCUGCUGCUGAGGAUACAAUCUUGGAGGAUGAGGAUUUUAUUGGGGCACCGACCGCGGGGGAUGAGGAUUUUAUACCGCCGCUGACGAACGAGGAUCUGUACGAGGAGCAGGGGAAUAAUGGGAUCGCAAACGUGCUGAAUACAGUGAGGUCGACGUUGUCGCCCAUCGGUAGUAACGUCACCGCGUCGAGGAAUCACAGGCGGUCGAGUGGUGGACACUCGUCAUCCGUGGAAACGGUGAGGGAAAACGCGGACGCUGCUGCCGAUGCCGCUAUCGCUUUUGAAAGAGACGAUGUGGAGCAGGAACAAAGCAGACUGCUAGCGAGAACAACUUCAAGGGACCGUAGUAGGAAACACCACCACCAGAAGAAGUUGCUGAAGAGCAGGAGGGAGUCCAACUCGGGGAAGCCACCACCACCGAUCGUCAUUGGCCGCGGCGGCGCAGGGAACAUCGUGUCCCCAAUAACCAGCACAAGGUCAGGAGGUUCAGCAGGUGCAAGAUCCAAAACGAAAAGGACAAACAACAACAACAACAAUGAUAAUAACAUUCCAGAGGGGGACAAGAAGAAAAACAAGAAGGGCAUCUUCUCCUCAAUAAUAAAUAUAUUCGCAUAA